UCGAUCCGUGAUGGAUUGAUGUCUCCCAAUGCUGACGCGCCCGCUCUACCCAUAUAUAAGCGACGCUCCCGCCGUGCCGCAUUCGACGCAGCCAGCGAGACGAGAAGACCCAUCCCAGCCACAGCACAAGACCAGCCCGCCCCGGCAUUCCUAAAGACCUCUCUCGUUGAAGUACAGGAGGAAAACAAAGCAAGAGGAAUGGACGCUCUGAAGAAAGGCUUCUCCAAGGCGAAAGAGGGCGUGAGCUCUGCCGCAGAGAAGACGAAGCAGGGCGUGACGGACGCGGCCGGGAAAACCAAGGACGGAGUCGUGGCCGUGGGCACCAAGACCAAGGACGGCGUGGCUCACGGAGUCAGCACCGUGGCCGGGAAGACGAAGGAGGGGGCCCAGGCGGUGGGGGGCGCCGUGGUGAGCGGCGCCAACGCCGUGGCCACCAAGACGGUGCAGAGCGCCGAGAACGUCGCCUCCGCCGCGGGGAUACACGCCAAGGAGCGCAAGGAUGAGGACAAAGAGGCGGAGGGGGAGACGGCACCUGGAGCGGACGAGGCUGCACCACAGGAGUCGUAACGUUCCGCGGAAUCUGCUGCUCGUGCCGCCCAUCUCGACCAUUUGACGUCUGGGGGAUGCGUUUGUCGUCGCUGCCACCACGCUCAGCGCCUCGCCCGCUCAGCACCACCACGCUCAGCGCCUCGCCCGCUCAGCACCACCACGCUCAGCGCCUCGCCCGCUCAGCACCACCACGCUCAGCGCCUCGCCCGCUCAGCACCACCACGCUCAGCACCUCGCCCGCUCAGCACCACGCCCGCUCAGCACCACCACACUCAGCGCCUCGCCCGCUCAGCGCCACCACACUCAGCACCACCACACUCAGCACCACGCCCGCUCAGCACCACCACACUCAGCGCCACCACGCUCAGCACCACCACGCUCAGCGCCUCGCCCGCUCAGCGCCACUACACUCAGCGCCUCGCCCGCUCAGCGCCACUACACUCAGCACCACUACACUCAGCACCACCGCGCUCAGCGCCACCACUCUCAGCACCUCGCCCGCUCAGCACCACCACGCUCAGCACCACCACGCUCAGCACCACCACUCUCAGCACCACCACGCUCAGCACCACCAUGCUCAGCGCCACCACACUCAGCACCACGCUCAGCACCGCCACUCUCAGCACCUCGCCCGCUCAGCACCACCGCGCUCAGCACCACCCCGCUCAGCACCACCACGCUCAGCGCCUCGCCCGCUCAGCGCCACUACACUCAGCACCACCACACUUAGCACUACCACGCUCAGCGUCUCGCCCGCUCAGCACCACCACACUCAGCACCACCACACUCAGCACCACCACACUCAGCACCACCGCGCUCAGCGCCACUACACUCAGCACCACCACACUCAGCACCACCACACUCAGCACCACCACACUCAGCACCACUACACUCAGCACCACCACACUCAGCACCACCACACUCAGCACCACCGCGCUCAGCACCACCGCGCUCAGCGCCACCACACUCAGCGCCACCACACUCAGCGCCACCACACUCAGCACCACCACACUCAGCACCACUACACUCAGCACCACCACACUCAGCACCACCGCACUCAGCACCACCGCGCUCAGCGCCACCACACUCAGCGCCACCACACUCAGCACCACCACACUCAGCACCACCACGCUCAGCGUCUCGCCCGCUCAGCACCACCGCCCUCAGCUCGUCACAAUAAACGAUCGCAGCAUUCGCCGUG